AUGCCAUUAACUAGACGAAAACUACACACUUUGGUGUUUCUUAUUAUUGCUAUAUUUUUCAAUGUGAAGAUAGUUCAAGGUGAUUUCAUAGAUUAUCAUAAUGAACAUCUCUCCAAACAAUUAUCACUUAUAGAAGAUAGUAAAGAUAAUCUAUUAUUACCAUUUAAUAUAACCAGAACACCUGGUAGUGGAAAUUCUUUUAUUAUUCAACAAUUUAUCUCUAAUCAUUUUCAAACUAAAAUGCAAAAUAAUUGGAUUAUUGAAUAUGAUAAUUUUCAAGAAAAUGAUUAUAAUUUUACUAAUAUGAUCUUUACAUUAGAUAUGGACAACAAUGAACAAGAUGAUAAGAAAUAUAUUUUAUUUGCUGCUCAUUAUGAUACAUUAGUUAAUAUUGAUGGAUUUAUUGGUGCUGUUGAUAGUGCAGCUUCAUGUUCUAUAUUAAUGUAUUUAUCACAAUUUCUAGAUGAUUUAGUAUAUGAGGAUCAAUAUUUAAUCGACAAAAUAUUAGAGGAUAAACAAUAUGGUAUUAAGAUAGUGUUUUUUGAUGGUGAAGAAGCACUUCAUGAAUGGACUGAAACAGAUUCAAUCUAUGGAUCUCGACAUUUAGCAAAUAAAUGGAUAAAGGAUGAAACAAUGUCACAAAUCGAAUUAUUUGUUUUAUUAGAUUUGAUUGGUGGUAAACGAACAAAUAAAGUUCCCGAAUGGCAAAUUAAGAGUUAUUAUAAAACGUCACAUAAAUAUUAUAAAUUAUUAAGUGAAAUUGAAGAUUCUUAUUUAGAAUCUGAACAAAAUACAUUUUUUACCCAGAAAGAAUUACAUCCAACAGAUGUAUUAUAUUUGAUGAUUAAUAAAAUCUUAAUUGAAGAUGAUCAUGUGCCGUUUUAUAAUGCAAAUGUACCAAUUCUUCAUUUAAUUCCAUUCCCAUUUCCAGAAUCAUGGCACACUGUUGAUGAUAAAUUUGACACUUUGGAUGAGAAUGAAAUUCAACGUUGGGCAAUAAUUUUAAGUGAGUUUGCUGUAGAGGCAUUAUCCGGAUAA